AUGAAACUCGAAUGGAAAAAUAUUGAUAUUGAGGUUAUGAAUCACAAUAGAAGAUAUAGGCAGAAAAGAAUAAAACUAGUGUCGAAUGCUUGUGGACACGCUAAAGAGGGAUUGUUAGCAAUCAUGGGACCGAGCGGAAGCGGAAAGACAACGCUGAUAAAAGCAUUGGCCGGGAGAUUACCAAGUGAUUCAUCGUCUACCGGUAUAGUAACGCUAAAUGGAGUUGAAAGGGAUGUUGAGACAUGGGUAGAUAUUGUUGGAUACGUUGACCAAGAUGAUGCGAUAUAUAACACGUUAACUGCGCGCGAAACUGUCACGUACGCCGCUAAGUUUAGAUUAAAAAAUAGGAGCAUAAAUAUCACUGAAAAAGUGGAGGGCCUAUUCAAGAAACUUGCCAUUACACAUGUUUUGGAUUGUCAAAUGUCCAAUCUGUCGGGUGGUGAGCGAAAAAGGGUGAUGAUCGCCGUCGAACUAAUAACAGACCCGAAGAUAAUUUUUCUGGACGAGCCAACCAGUGGAUUAGAUAACAAUACAACGGUUAAAAUAAUCAAAUUACUUAAGGAACUGUCCAAAGAAGGAAGAACAAUUCUGUUCACCAUACAUCAGCCAGAUGACAUAACGGUCGAUGAAUUUGAUGAAAUUUUGUUGUUGUCACAGGGUAGGUCGGUGUAUAUGGGUAGUAUGAAGAAUUGUGAGCAACAUUUAAUAUCAAAUGGAUUUGUAAAAGAAGACCGAGAGACGUUCUCCAAUUUUGCAAUGAAAGUGUUAAAUGUUGAACCAGGGAUCUACCACGAGACUGAUGAAUCUGGGCGAAUGGACUCUUUGGUAAACGAGGUUAAAGAGCGGUAUAAUUUCAAUGCGAGUGAAAAGUUUAACAAAACAGGCAAUGAUUAUUAUGUUGAACUCGCUCCGAAUUGUUACCAUAUUAUGCUGCUGCUCAAGAGACGAUGCAAAUUGGAACUUUUUUCCAAAAAGAACAUAGUGACCGUGCUAAUUGGUGUUAUUUCAAUUUGUUUGAUUCUCUAUCUGGUAAGGGUCGUUAACAACAUGCAAUCAGAAGUUGCUAAAGAAAUAGAAACCGGAUUCCGAGAUGGCACAAGAAAAUUACCCAAAGACCUACGCGGAAAAUCAAUCAAAUGUAUCCAAGAUGGCAUGAAAACUUUUGCUGUGAUGAUCCUCAGUAUAUUUGUUGGGUUUCAAGUGGCAAUAAUACCGUUGCUGACUGGUAUGGCAUUCAACGGUGAGCACGACAAGAUUAAGAGAGAAGUUUCUGUCCAUACCUAUUCGGUUUCAUCCUAUUAUUUUGCGGUUUUUAUUUUCGAAUUUCUUAGGCACUUGGUACUUUUCAUCUUCUUCGCGGUAGGUAUCAGAAUUAUAACCGGUGAUAUUUUUGAUUUUAUGGCUAUUUUAACUUCCUUUAUGAUGUUUCUUGCGACUAUAACAGCAUAUCUUUUCUGCGGUUCCAUAUUGCGAGGCAUGAAAAAAAUAAUUCUUGUGUUUGGAUCGUUCUUAAUUAUUAACGCUCUCCCGUUUGCUUUUAUAGUGGUCAUGGCCAAAAUGAGCAAAAAAAUUACCAAAAAAUUCUUAUUGGCAUAUCUCUUGGACUUAACACCGAAUUACGUACUGGGAGCGUGUUCAUUCAUUGCAAGACUAGAGAAACUGCUAAAAGACUAUCCAGAGUUGGAAUUACUUGAAGAUAUGAUCGCGGAUGAUCAAGAAAGCUUUACGGUAUCGUCUCUAAAAGAAUACAAAAGUCUUCUUAUGGGAAUUGAACUGCCUGUUGCGUGCAACUAUCUGUUUGGUGGUGGGAUGAUAGUUUUAUAUGCUGUAUUAUGCAUCAUGAUGCUAUCAAUUCAUCUUAAGCCAGAUUUUCGAAUGCGGCUUAACAAAAAAUAAAAUCAUUUUGCUCCA